CAAAUUUAGCGUGAGAGACAUCAGUGUUGAUUCAACCAUGGUCCAAGUCGCUGCAAUGAUCGCUGGUUUCUCAACAUUCUUGUCAAUCGCAACCUGAAAGAUUCGCUUCAAGUACAGAAGAAUUUCGUAUAAGAAGAACGAUUGUUGUCAGUCGGACGUGCAUUAUUGGCCUGUUCUUUUUAGUUGAAUUGACUGCACUAGUUCAAGAAAUUUAUGCACACUGAGAAUCUCUUGCACACGAGCGAAACGCAACGUCUUUACGUUCGCAAAACAUUUCUAGGUUAAAUUCUCACACGACGAUGAUGAGGAUGGAGUUGGCUUUGUUGAAAAGUAAAUUUCGCGGUUCGAUGCUGGGUGUUUUGGUCGGCGAUUGCGUCGGAAGCCCAUACGAAGGCGAUGAAACCUUGACGCCCGGCAUGAAAACCGUUCUACAACAGUCUUUUGACAAAUUGGAAGGAAUAGAGUUCAAAGCGCCUGUUAUGCAGUUUACAGAUGACUCGGCAAUGACACGGUCUUUAGCUGAGUCAUUAGUCGAGAGGAAAUCUCUGGAUGUUGUUGAUAUAGCAAGGCGAUUUGUGAAAAGUUACUAUCAAGAACCCAAUCGUGGUUAUGGCGCCAGUGUUGUAACUGUAUUUCAGAAAUUACGCGCUAACAAAUUAAAGGAUACACUCGGUCCAGCGAAAGAUCAAUAUAAUGGUUUAGGUUCCUUUGGCAACGGUGGCGCAAUGAGAAUUGCCCCUCUAUCUUUAUUCUGUUACAACGAUCAUGAUAAACUCAUAGAUUAUGCUAAGAAAGAAACCGAAAUUACACAUACGCACAAGUGGGGAAUAAAUGGUGCUAUUUUACAAGCUUUAGCAGUUCAACAAAGUCUAAUCUUAAAUCCCAGCGAAGAAUUAAAUGCUUCCAGUUUCGUCGACGACCUGAUUGAGAAAAUGGAUAAAAUCGAAGAUGAUCGAACAGAAGAUUAUUUUGAAUUAGACGAGGAGCGUUAUAAAGACCGACUAUGCGCUAUAAAGGAAUUAAUUUCUAUGGAUGGUGAUGGCCCGCAUGACGAAAAGGUAGUGCAGACAUUGGGUGUUGGCCUCAACGCUUUGUACUCGGUUCCUACCGCAAUUUUUUGUUUCUUGCGAGCACAAAAACCUAUAAAAGGUAUAAAAACUGACAAUCCCCUCAGAAGAGCAAUUCAAUAUGCUAUUACUCUAGGCGGUGAUACAGACACAAUUGCUGGUAUGACUGGUGCGAUAGCGGGUGCUUUCUACGGCGAAGAGAAAUUCAGCCCGCUGCUCUUGAAACAUUGCGAAUCGUCGAUACAGUUUCGCGAAUUGGCCGACAAAUUGCUGAAUGUGGUUACGCAAGCAUAGUUACUUAAAUUUCACCGCAUUUGUAAUUAUUGUAACGUAUAUUAAAGUUAGCGGUUAAUUAAUAA